AUGGAUUAUAAACAUGUUUUUACCCCUAAAUUAGCAAAAAGCCUCAGAGUGCUUGGCAGGGAGGAUGAGAAGAUCCCAACCUCCAGCACUCUCCAGCUGAGCAGUGGGAGCCCAGGGAUGCUCCCUCUUACAGUGGUGAAAAUGCUGCAAGAAGAGUAUGUGUCCUUUUCACUGGAAGUGCAGCUGGGCUGGGAAACUCCGGCUGGGCACAUUGCUGAGAACCUUCUCAAAGCCAAAGAAAUAGCCCUCAACGACCCUCAUGUACCUGAACAGCUCAGAAAUUACUUACAAAAAGCUCUUGAUGUUGCUCUUGGACUAGACCCUUACCUGGAUGCAAUGGCAGCUUCCAAGAGAAAAACUUCACCUAAGCCCAUCCCAGGGGAUGCUGAAGGAGGUGAAAGCAGAGUCAGGCUGCAGGAAAUACGUGCCUCUGGCUCUUUGAAUGGCAAGUUGUUCGGCCAAGAGGGCCAAAUUUUUCGGAUGUUUGUCCAUAUGAUCAGAGCCAGGAAGAUUUUAUUAAUUGGCAAGGUUAAAGGUUGCAGUAUCCUUGCUAUUGCAGAGGAAUUGCCAGACAAUGGCAAAAUCUUUGCCUGUGCAGAAGAGCCGUACCUCGGGGUGAACAGCCAGGAGGCAUUUGAUUAUUCCUCAGAUGGCAAAAAGAUAAGCAUGCGAGUGGGACCAGUGGCAGACACCUUGGAGGCAUUACAUGCUGAGGACGAGCACUUUGAUAUAGUCUUUAUUGAUGCUGAUCAAAGGAAUGCUGUUCAGUACUACAGCUUUGUCAUGGAUAACCACUUGCUGAGCAUGGAUGCAGUGAUCUGUGUAGAGAAUACACUCAUGAAAGGACAAGUCUACCUGGAGAACGUAUCAGAUGAAAAUGUACUAGCAGUCAGAAAAUUAAAUUCAGUGAUUAAUUCAGAUCCUCGUGUUGAGCAGGUGAUUUUGCCUGUGCAGAGUGGUCUGAGCCUCAUCCGAAGGAGCCCUGUGCCUCCAGAUGCAGUGAUUGAGUCCAAGGCAGAAGUGGUGAAGGACGAUGUCUUCUGGGGCUGCGGCCGGCGCCGCAUCCUGGAGCGGCUGCGCUUGGACGGCAGGGUGGCCUAUGUCACAGGAGGAGGGCAGGGAAUUGGCAGGGCCUUUGCCCACGCCCUGGGGGAAGCUGGGGCUAAGGUGGCCGUGGUGGAUCUGGUGCUUGCCAAGGCAGAAGCGGUGGCGUGUGAGCUCAGCCUCAAAGGCAUUAAAAGCCUUGCCCUGGCAGCAGAUGUAAGCAAGCCUGAGGAUGUGCAAAGGAUGGUGGGUGCAAUUGUGGCUCGCUGGGGCACUGUCCACAUUGCAUGCAACAAUGCAGGAAUCAACCUGAAUUCUGCAAGUGAAGAGACUUCCCUGGAGGAAUGGGACAAAACUUUUAAUGUUAAUUUACGAGGAUUAUUUUUGUGCUGCCAAGCUGCAGGCCGCAUUAUGCUGAAUCAAGGAUAUGGGAAGAUAAUUAACACAGCAUCUAUGGCAAGUUUAAUAGUCCCUCACCCACAGAAGCAGUUGGCGUACAACGCCUCCAAAGCCGGGGUCGUAAAAUUAACACAGACAUUGGGAGCCGAGUGGAUUGACAGAGGAGUAAAAGUCAACUGCAUUUCCCCGGGCAUCGUUGACACGCCGCUGAUCCGCUCGCGGGAGCUGCGGCCGCUGGUGCGGCGCUGGCUGGCUGACAUUCCGGCCGGGAGGCUGGCCCAGCCCACGGACCUGCAGGCUGCCGUGGUCUACCUGGCCUCUGAAGCCUCUGACUACAUGACAGGCCAUAACCUGGUCAUUGAGGGUGGCCAGAGCCUUUGGUGAGAGGCGUCCUGCGG